AUGCGCACAGACUCAACGCCCGUCCACGGCCAGGACUCAGCAGGGCCAAGCUCCAUUGAAGCGACCAAGCCAAACGCGAUAUCCAGCGGCAAGCUUGAGGACAACACAGCAAGAGGGACGGCGGAGAGCACCGCACCUGACGAGGAGCCAUCGGAGAAGCUUGAAAUGACGCAGAAUGUCUGGAUAUUCAUUUUCAGAGGGUAUCCGUACGACACCUACAACAGAAGACACGUGCUCUUCUACCUCGACUCACCUGACGUGGAGGACUUCCACAUCACGGCACAUGCCCAACGCCCCACCGAGGAGAAGCCAUUUGAAUACACGGAGAACAAAGAGGAACAGAGAUACCCAAUGAGCAUCGACCUCAUACACGGACGUGUCGUGGGGAGGGUCCCGGUGGAUGCGUCUCAGCCGCGAAAGCUCGUGGACGUGAUCGCCUCCACGCCCGUCGGCGGAGAGCCUGAUUGGAACUGUGCGCACUUCGUCUUCCAUGCGCUGGAGAGGCUCAAUGAGGCUGGCGCUAUAUCCCCCGAGCAGCUGAAUGAUACUAAAGACUGGAUGAUGGAUUCAUUGCUGGAUGGGGCUAUCGGGUAA